AUGGAAAUGUACCACCUCGUGGCCGCGCUCUUCAUGGAGUCCUCCAUGGCUCUGUAUUUCGAGGGUCGAAUACGCCACAUUGCACCGCCCUUCGUGAUCGGCCUGCUGUUCAUCUCGAUUGCUAGCGCAUAUAUGUAUCUCCUGCUUGCUGUGUGGCUCAGCAUGCACGCUUCCAUCUGCUCCCACAGCCUCGGUGUGAGGCUGCUGACUCGCUUUGUUCGUCUUCCCGUGCCGGGCAUGCAGCAGAUGGGGGCUCUCAAUGCCCGCUUGGCAGACUACGAGCGACAAGGCGUGAAGAACAUGCUUCGCGUGCCUGUGGUUGGGGCCACGCAGCAGUGGGGGAAGCCAGGGCAGCGUCUUGAUGCCAUCCAGGAGGGUCAGCCGUCAGCUGGAACCGAUUUUCUUGGCGAAGGUGUGAAAGCCUUCAACAAGGACGACAACAUCCUCGGCACGGCCCAG